GAUGGAUAUCUCUGAUAUUACGAAAGUAGCAAGCAGAAAACGAAUCAGUGAAGAUGCUGAAAAACUACGAGAAAAAGUUUCUCGUGAAACGGCGAAAAUAAUUAAAUUAAAGGUGGCCCAGGACACGGCCUACUGGGACUUAAAAGAGAAACUACAACAAGUGGAAGCGAAUCACGAACGCUUGCAACAGAACAUGGUAGAAGUCCAGAUGCAGCACGAGGCUACCUCCGGACAAUACCAGGACGAACUGCGGCUCCGACCGGAGACUCUCAACAAAGUGCAGGGCGCGCGCCGCGUGUGCUCGGUGCUGGAGGAGGCGGCGGCGCGGGCGCGGGCGGCGGGCGCGCGGGCCGCGGCCGACCGCUCCGCGCUGUGCGGCGCGCUGCGCACGCGCGCUUGCCGGUGCGGCGGCCCUGCGCGCACGAGCUUGCAGCGCGCCUGCUGCGGCUGCGCCGAGCGCCGCGACGACUGCGCGACCAGCCUGGCGGCGAGCGAGGCGCGCGCGCGGCGGGCGCUGCAGGCGGCGCAGGAGGAGCGCGGGCGGGCGGAGCGGCGCGCGGAGGAGGCGCGGGCCCGGGAGGACGCCGAGAGGACGCUUCUACGGUGCAAACUACAGCAGAAAGAAGACUUCGUUGAAAAUCUUCAAAAGGAAAUCGAACGGUUGCAACAGGAGCUUCGAGAUCGAAUUGUUGAAGCCGACAAUACUAUUGAGAAUUUGAAGCUAGGGUUGCAGCGGAGCGACGACGCGCGGGCGGCGCUGCAGCGGAGCCUGGCCCUCUCCGAGCAGCAGGGCGCCGAGCUGCGGGACCAGCACCAGCGUCUCCAGCUGCAGCUGCAGGACGCGCAGGCUUCCCUCGAGGCAUCAUCGCGUGCUGUCGAAGAGCUCAAGGAACAAAACGACUCUCGGCAGCGAACCCUCGAGCGGCAGAACGAAGCCCUGGGCGCCGCCAGCGCGCAGGUGGAGCAGCUGACGGCGCGCGCCGCCGCGCUGGAGGACGAGAAGGCGGACGCGGUGUGCAGCCUGCGCGCCGAGCUCAGUGCGCUGCAGGCCCGCCACGACGACGUGCAGGGCCGGUUCCAGUCGUUCAGGGCGGAGAGCGAGGCGCGCGAGGCGGCGGCGGGCGCCAGCGUGGCGGCGCUCAUGCGGGACGUGCAGGCCGAGGGCGAGCGCCGACACAAGCUGGAGGCCGCGCUGGGCGCCGCGCGGGACCUGGCCGCCCAGCGGGAGCGUAUGCUUGCGGACAAAGAAGACGAACUCAACAAACAGAUGUCUAUUAUUCUGGAUAUGAGGAACGAAAAGGAGCGGCUCCAGGAGAAAAUCCAGAGCAUGCAGAACACCAUCGACAACGUGCAGAAGGAGCUGUCGGGCCGCGGGGCGGGGCGGGGCGGCGCGCAGGGGGAGGCGCCGCAGCAGGACGCGCCCCCCCGCCCCCUCGACCCCGUGCUCUACAACUUCCUGAGCGACACCAGCCUGGACGCCGACGCGCUGGACACGAGCGAGGUGCGCCGCCGGUUCGAGGCGCUGUCCGGCGGUCGGCGAGCCGGCGCCGCCCAGCGUGCGCCCCGCCCCGCCCCGCAACAUGCGUACCCUCAGUCGCCCGUGUCCUUGUCGCAAGUGAAGCUCGACUUGAAAACGAAACAUAAAUCAUUCUUCAAAAACAAGAGAGUCGAUUUGAAGACGAAGAAACUCAAGUGACGGACUCG